UAUUGCCAUGCAUUCUAGGAUGUCCUGGGGGUCACCACUGUCUUCCUACCUUCCCCAGCUAGGAUUAUGGGCUUUCAAUACUUACUGUGCUUCUUCUUCUUCUUCUUCGUCUUCUACUUCUUCUUCUGGAGACAUGGUUUGGGCCUCCGACUCACAGAUAUCCCCCUACCUCUGCCUCACAAAUUCUGGGAUUAAAGGCGUGUGCAAUGCCACUCGGCCAGAAUAUCUUCUUGUACUGAUGUUUAACUUGUUCCUUUGUCCCUGCAAAUGGCUAAUUAGAUCUAAACCGAAACGAUCCUUUUUGGCAGGAAUUUUAUUCAAGAAGUAUAGUGUAAUAGUUACUUCUUUUAUUUCAUCAAGGAUCUCAUGUUAUCAAAGUUGACGUAAUACUAGUGAUGAAUUUUGAUUGCUUAACUUGGUAACUUGUUAGAUCUCUCCAUUUAAAGUUACUUUAUUGUAGAGUUUGAAAAUAAUCUUUGUGGUGACAUUUAGCACUACCAUCACACUCUAUUCCCGAAGAACAUCCAAGAACCUCCUCCUCCUCUUCUUUUUUUCUCUUCUUUUUAAAGACAGGGUUUCUGUGUAGCCCUGGCUGUCCUGGAACUUGCUCUGCAGUCCAGGCUGGCCUCGAACUCAAGAGGUCGGCCUGCCUCUGCCUCUCCAGUGCUGGGAUCAAAUGCGUGCACCACCACUGCCUGGUUUAAGAACAUUCAUCUUAAGUCCAAUUCUUCACUAUAAUUUUUAUUGCCUGAUUCAGUAUUCUGGGCUGCAGAAUAGUGAUGUUUUCAUUUCUUCUGCACUUAUUAAACGGGAUCAUUGUUUUUAGAGUAAGAAAUCUGUGUGAUACUUUCAGUCUGGCGAUUAGUGUUUUCAGACAACUUGAUUUUCCUUUCUUUCCCUCCCAUCCCUUUUCCUCCUCUGUUCAUGAUCCAUGGCGAUGGCCACUUCAAUUCGUACUUAGGCCUGAGCUUUCCAGCUCGCCCGCUAGAGGCCACUAGCUUUCUCCGCACUCCUACGCUGCCGCUCUAUCACAGACUUCACCGUUGGUUACCGGCCGUUGUCUCGCUGGUGCCGACGCUGUCCAAGGAGCCGCUCUAGGCUCUGGGAAGGCCGUCCGCAUUGCGUGGGGAAAGUGUGGACGACGCAGUCGACUCGCCGGCCCCCGGGGCGGUUAGCGCUUCCGGGGUCGAAGGUGACCAAAGACUUGACCACUCAAAGUCCAGCUCCCUGUAACUACUAGACAUGGACACCGGUGUGAUUGAAGGUGGAUUAAAUGUCACUCUCACCAUCAGGCUACUUAUGCAUGGAAAGUUUUCUUCAUUGCAGGAAGUUGGCAGUAUCAUUGGAAAGAAAGGAGAAUCUGUUAAGAAGAUGCGCGAGGAGAGUGGUGCACGUAUCAACAUCUCAGAAGGGAAUUGUCCUGAGAGAAUUAUCACUUUGGCUGGACCGACUAAUGCCAUCUUCAAAGCCUUUGCUAUGAUCAUUGACAAACUGGAAGAGGACAUAAGCAGCUCUAUGACCAAUAGCACAGCUGCCAGUAGACCUCCAGUCACCUUACGGCUGGUGGUCCCUGCUAGUCAGUGUGGCUCUCUCAUUGGAAAAGGGGGGUGCAAGAUCAAGGAAAUAAGAGAGAGUACAGGGGCUCAGGUCCAGGUGGCAGGGGAUAUGCUCCCCAACUCAACUGAGCGGGCAAUCACUAUUGCUGGCAUUCCGCAAUCCAUCAUUGAGUGUGUCAAACAGAUCUGCGUGGUCAUGUUGGAGACUCUCUCCCAGUCCCCCCCGAAGGGCGUGACCAUCCCGUACCGGCCCAAGCCCUCGAGUUCUCCAGUCAUCUUUGCAGGUGGUCAGGACAGGUACAGCACAGGCAGCGACAGUGCGAGCUUUCCCCACACCACCCCGUCCAUGUGCCUCAACCCUGACCUGGAGGGACCACCUCUAGAGGCCUAUACCAUUCAAGGACAGUAUGCCAUUCCACAGCCAGAUUUGACCAAGCUGCACCAGUUGGCAAUGCAACAGUCUCAUUUUCCCAUGACCCAUGGCAACACUGGAUUCAGUGGCAUUGAAUCCAGCUCUCCAGAGGUGAAAGGCUAUUGGGCAGGUUUGGAUGCAUCUGCUCAAACUACUUCUCAUGAACUCACCAUUCCAAACGAUUUAAUUGGCUGCAUAAUCGGGCGUCAGGGCGCCAAAAUCAAUGAGAUCCGUCAGAUGUCUGGGGCGCAGAUCAAAAUUGCAAACCCAGUGGAAGGAUCUACUGAUAGGCAGGUCACCAUCACUGGAUCUGCUGCCAGCAUUAGCCUGGCUCAGUAUCUAAUCAAUGUCAGUUUAGAAAACGCUAAACCCUCCUCCCAGGCAGCCUCCGUCACGAUCCCUGAUCACCUCAGCAUCAACCUCUCUCAACCCUCCACCCCUUCUUCUUCUUCUUCCUCCUCCACCACCACCCCCUCGCUCGCCACAGCGGGGACUUCCGACGCACCCUCCAGCCUCCCCAACCCUCUUCCGACCGCCCCUUGUGUCUCCAGUCUGCUUGGCAUGAAACCCAUCCCUCUCCUGGCUCUAAAUGUUGUGUCUGCUGCUAAGGGUACCGGGGCUUCAGCUACCACCACCACCACCUCUACUGUGCCAUGUGUAACUAACAAACUGAAAGGGGAGAAACAGAGAUUCUCUCCCUACUGAGUGCAUAUCUUGGCACCUCCUCAAAUGUUGGUUCAUUUUGUUUUUCUUUGUUAACAUUGAUGAGAACCAAACUAUUGUGAGCUUGUGACCAUUUUCUUUUUACUACUUUGGGGGAUGACUGGGUGGGGGUGGGGAUGGGUAAUUCUUGUUUAGGUUUAGGUCUUUACAGCUCAGUGCCUGUUUCAGAGUCUGACCUGUUGAUUGAAAUCUUUAUCUAGAGCCACAGUUCUUUCUCUCUCUCAUUCUGUUAUACUUUUUUGUAGCUUUAUUCUGCCUUGCAAUAUAUAAACAAUGUGUUAGGCUCUGUGUUGAUGAAUAAAAGCUUCUCCGUUAA